CGGAAGGAUGUAUUAACGGCUGUCGUCGGUCGGUUAAAAUGAAUUCCUCCUUCGGGCAGGAAGUGCCACAGUGUGAAGGGUGAAGUGAGAGUGAAGUUGAGCGACGCUUGAAAACCGGAACAACUGUGAGCUGAUCGGUUGACUGGCUCGAACCCAUUCUGAAGGCGAAACUGAAACCGUCGUCACCUGUCGAACCGAGCACGGAAGUUGUCAGCAGUCGGUGUCCUGCGGUCUUCGGUGUACGACGCGUUGAACCCAAAAGUCCCAGAAGUGAACGGUUGUCACCAUCGAGCCUACUUCCGUGUCGAGUCCCCAGCGAUCGCUGGUGAGUUAAUAAUUCAACACCAGUUUGACGUGGUGGAGUGAUUGUCAUUACGCAGUUUGUUACCGUGAAUUCGGUUUUCACAGCGAAGGUGUUUCCGUCGCAUCAGGCCGCAUGGUGAGUGUUUCGAUGCAUUUGUGGUUUCCGGAGCUUGUUUUGCUAGACGUGUGGUUUGCUAAUUGCUGCAUUAGCGCCGUUGUAAAAUCCUCGCGUUAGUGAAAGCUACGUCGCGGUAGAGAGCACUCCCAUCAGCGUAAUCAUUUUAUAAAAUGCGACGGAUGGAACAAAAACCAUUUUAAUCAUGUGGUGCGUUAAAUCAAUAUCUAAUUAGGAGUGCAAACAACAGCUGAGAAGAUAAAAAUUAAUAAUAGAUUGGGCUCGAUCAUUUUCCCGGCGUGUUCCAGGCAGUGAAACAGCGCACAAGUGCACCUCGAAAAGGAAAUAAUUAAAAAUUCAAAUUUGACGAGCAUUGGCGAUGAAUAUUCAUGAUGAUGGCCCGUGGGCUAGUUCUGUGCUGCUGCGGUGUGGGUUGCACCUGAUGGAUUAUCGUUAAAAAGCUCGACCACUUGAUGCAAUUGCGGAAUUAUCGUUUCUCUCGCAAAUUGUUCCCCGAUCACCGCUUGCUACUGCUGCUGCUGCUGCUAGUGAAGUGAUGAGCAACGGGCAGCGUUCCGACACUUCCGGUCGCAGAUGGCCCUGGCAGACUGUCCCCAAGUCCUAAGUGGAUGAGCGGCGGCCCCAUGAAUGAUGAUACCGCUUUUCACUCGACUGGAACACCGAGCGACAGUUGAAAUGAUUGAUGGAGCUCCGUUGUGCAAAUAACGUAGCAAAUAAUUAUAAAUUUAUGCCUGAAAUUAAUUUGAUUGUGUCCGAGGCCUAUCCCUAUCUCAACGCUCUGACGAAUUCUCGGUGUCACCGUAAUUAGUGUUUGUCCGUGUGCCGUGCUCAGUUUUUGUUGUCUAUUCACAAUUCACUUUCAACUUGACACAUCUGCAAUUGGUGUUGGAAUAAUGUUCAUUAGUUGGUGAAGUGCUAUGGCGAAAGUUGAAGUUAAUCUCAAAUUGUACAACCGGAAGUGUUUAACAAAAAUGAUCUUGCAUUGGAAUAUCUACUCGCGAAUUCUACUACUGCAACUGCUGCUAAACAUGGCACGACCUAGCCUUGGAUAUUUCGAUCUGUUCCUGAAUCACUCGGAAGUAAUAAAAUUAAUGGGCAUUGAGGCGGAUCUGUUCUACGUGCGGGACGGGGCCAUUAACGACUAUGCCAUCAGCUUCGUGGUUCCGAUGAAGACCGGCAUCGACGAUUUGCAGUUUUCCUGGCAGAGCCGAACCGCAUAUCCGCUGCCCUACACGAUAUCGGUCCACUACGAUGACAACGAAGGAGUGCUGCAACAUCCGGAGCUAAACAUCCCCAGCAGCGGUAUCAUCCCCCGGACGGUGGAGACAUUCACGGUUCAUCUGCUGUGUUCCGGUAACGUGUCGAAGGAGGUGUCAGUCGGUAUCCACCUGCACGUCGAAGGUCCGCCAAAGCAAAACGAUACAAAAUUGAUUAUCAAACGGAAUAAAAUUUGCAUUAAAGGAAUCUUCCCACCACGGCACCGCCUCCCGGCAGCGGAAAUUGCACCACCCCAGGGACCGGCACUGCUCGGUGCUGCGGCUUGUGCCCUCGGUUUGGUGCUGGUGGUGGGACUCAUUGCCAGUGCCAUGUACGUGCGAGCUCGCAAGCAGAUCCGCCAGGAUUCCCUCCACACCAGCUUCACCACCGCUGCUUAUGGCAGCCAUCAAAACGUUUUCAUCCGUCUGGAUCCCCUGGGGCGGCCUCCUAGUGCGAAUAGUGGAUCCUACGCUACGAUAGCAAGCCUCAACAAAUACCCCAUCAGCGAGUCGAAGAAGUCGUGGUUUCGAAGCACACCCUCACCGUCACCGUACGCGACGGCACUGCUUCCGCUGAAUCAUGGCCACAGCAAUGGCGGGCUCGCCGCGACGGAGUCUGUCUACGCGAAACCAGAAUCGGUCUGUCCAUCCCGGGUGUCCUAUUACGCCUCAUCGCAGCUGACUCAGGUCUACAGCCUAUCGACUCCGGCCCGGAGUAUCCAUAGCAAUAGCUCCAAUCCGAAGGACAAACUCCGGAGGAUUGCCGUCUCGCCGGACACCGUCAUUUGUCAGCAGCUGGUGCAGGAGGGAACCUACGGGCGGAUCUUCUACGGCAUUCUGCAUCACCCCCUCGGCGAAACGAGGGAUGUUCUUAUCAAAACUGUUGUCGACGGUGCCUCGCUCAGCCAAGUGGCCUAUCUACUGUCGGAAGGAUCGACGCUCUGUGGGGUGUCCCAUCCCAAUAUACUGUUUCCGGUGGCAGCUGUCACCGAGCUUUCGGGACCGCCGAAAGUUGCCUAUCCACUGGCAACCAAGGGAAAUCUCAAAAUAUACCUCCAAAGCUGCCGGGAUAUCGGCAUGCAGGGCUCGGGAGUGUCGUUGAGCACCCGACAGCUGGUGGAUUUCGGGCUUCAAGUGGCCCGUGGCAUCUCGCAUCUUCAUUCGCUCGGAGUCCUACAUAAGGAUAUCGCCACCAGAAAUUGUGUGCUCGAUUCCGAGCAAAACGUACGAGUCUGUGAUAACGCACUGUCGCGUGAUGUGUUCCCGAACGAUUACCACUGCUUGGGUGACAACGAGAACCGACCGAUCAAGUGGAUGGCACUGGAAACGCUGGAAAAGAAGUUUUUCACCACUUCAAGCGAUAUCUGGAGCCUGGGAGUGUUACUGUGGGAACUGGCAACACUGGCGGUAAUGCCAUUCGAGGAAGUGGAUUCCUUUGAACUGGCAGCCUACCUUCGAGAUGGCUAUCGGUUAGCGCAGCCCGUUAACUGUCCGGAUGAAUUCUACACGGUAAUGUCCUGCUGCUGGCUGGCGGACUACAAGCAGCGUCCGUCGUUUCCGCAGCUAAUUGCCUACCUGCACGAUUUCCACGAGGAUUUGGGCAAGUACGUUUAGCGUGCUGCGUGUCAAGUGGUGAUUUCUGGUGCCGCCCCACCACGGCCAGGUGUCCUCGGAGUUUUCCCUGGAGUGGAGUAGGUUAGUCGAUAAGAAAAACGGAAAGAAAAGGUGCUUUCAACCAACUGCGUCACCGAGCAAGGCGCUACCAUGUGGACUGUUAUGAUGGAUCCGGAGCGUUUUAGAGAUACGGGAAAAAAACAUGAAUGCGACUCACGAAGCAUUGGAGUGCAUAGUUUCAACUUGGACGGUAGCUUUUAAGAAGAAGAAAAAAAGUGAUAAUUGAUUCCGCAGGUGCAAUAGAAACGUACGAGGAGCACAGAUUCGAUGAAAAGGGAUGGGCUUUUGCACGGCAUCCAACUUGUUUUGUACUCUGUAGUAUUGAAUUCUGGGUUAUGCUGGGAUGAAGUCGAAGCACCGUGAGGUGCAUUCGAACGAAUGGUGUUGUGAACCUAGGACUGGUCCGUUAACACACCUAAUGGUACCUCUCUCUCUUUCUCUCUCUCUCUCUCUCUCUCUCUCUCUCAAAUUCCAUGUAAUACUUUUCUUUGAUUUUUGGAAGAGAACAAACAAAAUUUUUAAAGCAUCAUCUAGUCAAGCAAAGUCUUGGCAUUACAUUCCCCUUUUGUGGAAUUUGGCCUUUCCGUUUCAACAAACUUCGCAGCCGAUUUUUAGUGUACAGAAUCAUUGCAUGGCUAGUACCAGGCGCGUAUA